CCUCGAACAAGUGGGACCGGGGAAACUUGCGCCGCUGGAAUAAGCCACUUCUGCUUCCUACUUUUUUGGUCUAAAAGAUGGGACACGAUGAGGUGAUCUCCACUGCUGAGCUGUGUUUCCUGAGCCGCCUCCGGAGGGCUGCGUCUUCGCCGCGGCUGUAGACGCUCCUCGCGCCGCAACGGUCGGAACUUGGGGGAACCAGCCACGGAAAAUACACAAAGUUGAAAAGUUGCGCACCUCAUGUCGCCUGAGCUCUAGGCUCGAGGUUCGAGGGGGCAUCUUGAGGUGUGAGCGGACGCAGCCAUGGCCGGCUCCUGCGCUCCAUGAGGAGGUUCUAGUGGGCGGACACAUCAGAGAGACACAGAAAGGAUGAAACUGCGGAUGAGAUCAGCUUGGCCUUUGCUGGCAGCCUCCCUCGUUGCCGUGGUGAUGCUCUGCGUUGACCCGGUCACCGCCGGCAGCCGUAACCACCGGGGAUCGACAGUCUCGUACCAGGUGAAACAGGGGACCUGUGAGGUGGUGGCCGUCCAUCGCUGCUGUAACAAGAACAAGAUUGAAGAGCGCUCCCAGACGGUCAAGUGCUCCUGUUUCCCCGGGCAGGUCGCUGGCACCACCAGAGCCCGGCCAUCUUGUGUGGAAGCCUCCAUCGUGGCCCAGAAGUGGUGGUGCCAGAUGCAUCCCUGCAUGGACGGGGAGGAGUGCAAAGUUCUACCGGACCUGACCGGCUGGUCCUGCAGCACCGGGAACAAGGUCAAAACCACCAAGGUCACACGAUAGCAACAGAGGUGGAGAGGAUACCUGAAGCUGGGCGAGCGGAACAGAUGAUGACUCACGUUUUCACUGGACUAUGGGAACAUCACGAGCAAGACUGUCUGCAGCAGCAGAAUCCUCAGAACUCUGUGAGGAGUUGCCUCUGAUCUGGGACGACACGGACUCUUCCAGGAGUGGACUGGAAACAAAGUAUAUAUUUCAACAUCGCUUAAUGUGAACAGAUGCUCUGUAGGUCAGCGGGGGACGGCGCUUCAGUGGCAGCCAUUUUGUAGUUGUAAGUAGGAUCUGCAGAGUAGGAUCACAGCCACAUGUUAAACUUUCAUUUGCCGCAGUUGGAGUGUUCGGGAAGGUCACGACACUCACGGCAGCCUCAGAUAAUAAUGUAUUUAUCUCAAGACCAGUUAUGGGUUCAACACUGACGCUGGCUUUGAGUGCACCGCCGACAUCUCUGAGAACUACUUUAAAUCCUAAUGUCAUUUCAUCUGCUGCAGCUUCGAUGCCAUCAGUCGACUCAUAAAAAGAUCUCACCAAGACCACGGAUUUGUGCUGACUGCUGUCGUCCACUUCAUUAAACGUGCAGCUUCCUUCACGCCCCGAGGCAGAGUGUCUCAAACCGCUUCACAACAAGGACGCGAGGUUGAAUUUACAUAAGUACAGAGGCAGACAUGGUGGGGCCUGGAGGCCACACGCUGCUCUUCUACCGUUCCGUCAGCAGAGUCAGGCUCAGGUUAGGAGUUGCAUGAAUCAAUAAAUACAUGCCGGUGAGAAAUUUCACUUUUUAUAUGUAGUAUACGAUUUUUUUUGUCCUAAAUCAAUGUUGAACUGUUAUCUAUUUAGUUUUUAAAAUUUUAUUAAGUACAAUUCUGUUUUUUUUUGCAACAGCUUCUUUAUACUUUAUGACAAUAUAAGUACUUCACAUACUUUGCAUUAUUCUUUGUGCAAAUUAAUGGGAAACACAGAGUUAAUUCACAUUAAACAAUAAUAAUACAUUUAAAAUUAAAUGACAGAAAAUGAUGUAUAGAGCAAAAUGAAUUAAAAUAAAACAAGCGGUGAAGAGUAAGUGAAGAGUGAAAUAUGAGAGCUCUGUGAAAUUAAUGAAAAAUAUAAAAACUGUUCACAAAAAUCACCAUAAAAGACAAAAUGUUUUUUUUUUAAACAAGAUAGAAACAAAAAACAGAACACACAAAAACCGAACUGUUGCUCAACAUCAAACAGAAGUUGCUCACAACCCAGGUUUUGUUGCUGAACUCAGCAGCCUGUAUCAAGAUGGAACUGGACAAUGAAGAGAAGUUUGUGUGGAGCUCCUUGCCAAGGAUGUGUUGAGUGCUGACCUUCAGAAACCCUCUCCAUGUCAGCAGAAUAUUUGCUGCAGUCCAUGGAAGCAAAUCCCCGUGCAGGCCUGCUGUUCCUACCGGGCUUACGGUGUUGGGUUCAGUGGCAACCUGAGCAACCGUCAAACGUCUCUCUGUAAUCUCACCAGUGUGUCUUCCACCAGGGACAACAGAUCUUAGUUAAAAGCUCGGCUCUCUCGUGUCAUGCAGAGAUCCUAGUUCCGGGUCGCGGCUCCUCGGUGAUGAGUCCGUGGACUCUACCUCUCCAACUCUGGAAUCAGAGCCUGAGGGAGCCGUGGGGCAGUCAGGGGACCGGUGGCAGGCAGACCCCGCUCUCAUUACCGAGAGGCCUGGAUCGCAGCGGGCUCCUCUCCAGAGUCGCAUUAAACUGACGUGGAAUAUUUUUAGGCCCACACGGUGCAGCUGUUCAGACAGGAGAGUCGCGGCUAAGUGGCCUCUUUCUUUCACCCACUCAAUGGGAACCAUCUUCAGGGCUUGUUUUUAAAUGGUUGACUUACAUCAUGGGAGUGAGGGAUCAGUUGAGGCGGCUCCAGUUGUGUGGGAGUUGGUCCCAUCUGUCUGUGGUGACCUUUCUCCUGUUGGUGGCGCCACCCUGGCAUGAUGGGAAUAACUCCCAAAAAUGACUUGAUGAACUGUUUAUUCGGAUGACAAAGAAAAAUGAAUGAAAAUAUAUUUAAAAAAAAAAGAUCCAGACACUAAAAAGUCACCGCCUUCUGUCGACCUGUUUUGAAUGUAGCACUGGACAAGAGUGCCACGAGGAGUCGGUCUGCGUCACAAAACAAAGAUUUAAAACAGCUGUUUCUCCCGACACAUUCUCACCCCUAAGGCGUCGCACACUGACGGUUGUCUGGUGGACUUUGUGUCCCUCGGUGACACAUUCAGUAGAAUCAAAUGUUUCCUCUCCCCUGGCAUUUCCGGACGCCGUAUGCAGUGCUUCAGCAGAUAAGGUAGAUGAUGUGAUGUAUACUUGUCAUCGGAUGAGAUGAGAUGAAA